AUGGGGGAAGAAAUGAAGAGAUUCAGAAACGCUUUAGAAACCUUGAAAGACAUGGAAAAAGAGUGGAUGAAUGCAGAACCUAUUUUGACAUCGUCAAGUAGUCCUGAAGUUAUUAUACAAAAACUGCUCCAGUUAGAUGAAGAUUAUCUCGAAAAGCUAAUCUUUAAGGAGAAAACAGUCAUCCGUGGCUUAGCAAGGAAAGCUAAAACUUCAAAAAGAAUGGACGUAUUCGAUCACUUAAGGCGGAUCACGCCAAGAGGAACAACAGGUCCUCGGUUACCUGAUGACUUGCCCAUCGAGGAGAUCCCGGAAAGGGGAAAAGAGAUUUUGUCAUAUGUUAUUACAUAUGAUCUUGUUUUACCAGAUUCUUCUUCUUGGAGACCAGGUUAUAAAAGUGACUCGCUGGAUGCCUUGGCCAAGAAAAACAGCUUAAAAAUAUUGUGUGAGUUGUAUGACUUCCUAUGUGAACACGGGCUGGCUCUCACUACUGAUCUACUUUAA